GGGGGGGGGGGGGGGUUUCUGGAUUUAUUAAAAAUCCGGCGAGAACGCGGACCGACGGUUCGCAAUGCGCGGCGGCGCGAUUGUCCUUAUCCACCCACCCGGUCGGUCGAUCGGUCGUUCGGUCCGUUCUAGGUAAGGUAAGGGGUGAUUGGCCUCCUCUUCUUUUCCCUUCUUCCCAACUCACUUUUCCCCCCUUGGAUUUGCGAAUAUUGCGGGUCCCUCUCGCCGGGGUGCCGUCACGUCGUUGGGGUGUCGCGCGCCCCGUGUGGUUGCUUCUGUUGGGUCGGGGGGCGUGCGGUGCGGUUCUCUGGCUGGCGCAUUCGAAGCCGUUAUCACAGCAAGAUUUGGAUGGCCCCCCACUCCCUGGACUGGGUUCAAUGGCUUUGGGUGCAAGUGACGGUGUGGGAAGGUUUGGGAUGGUGUCGUGGUCUUGGUGCCGUGGUCUUGGUGCCGUGGUACCUGGACGGGCUUGUCUUGGUGUGUGUGUGUGUGCUGGCUCCAAUUGGAGCUCGUGGUGGUACAUGCUGGGCCUCGGCUCGCCCCUUGAACAUUCGUUCAUUUGGAAUUUUCUCUCGGGGAAUGGACCAUGCAUGUCAUGUCACUCUGGGCCUCGGCCGCACUGGCUUUUCUUUCUUUGGUGCCUACGGAGGAUCGGAUUGAUUAGCAGAGUUGCGCUGGACUCGGGUCCCUCGGAGACCCGAGCCUUUUGCUUGGUUGAAAGCAUGAAGGACGGACACACACCCACGUCAGGCUCAUUUUAUGGCGAGUUGCGUCGUGGGAUUUACCCGGG